AGGUCGAAUGUAUACAGAUAGAGCUUACAGCAGGUACCUUGGGGAAUUUUAGGUAGCAGCAAUAGCACUCGGUAGAAUGGGUCACCGCUGUGUAUCGAUCCAACCAGGCCUAUCAGAAGGUCCCCGUCCGCUGAAGUGGCCAGUACCACAGCUACUAUUAGGCAUCCUCUACGAAAAGGCGAAAAAAAAAUUCAAUCUAAAAGACUUCUUGUAAAUGAUAACGAAGAGAAAAUUCAAUUAAUACAACACAACACCAUCGUUUUCAUCUUUCAAUAAUAUCAGAUCCAUCUCCAGCGGUCCCAUUAAGACUGGAGAGCCAUCCGUUUUCAUGCAAAACGGAUGUCGCGGUGGUCGAUGCUAUGACUGAGGUCGUGCCCGCCGACCGCACGAAGCUUCUGCAAUCAAAGCGGGCAGAAUGCAGUGCUAUCGCUCGUUCGAGGAAGAGAAAGCUCUGCGUUCUGUAUGCGGUCGCUACGACUACCGAUGGCCUUCCCCAGCGAAGCUUCGCCGAUCCGGACGCGCCACCAGCCAGCGCUGCCGAGUUGCAUUUUCUUGAGGGUUGCGAUAUCUUGCAAGGGAGAAAAUUAAACGAGUCGAAUAUUCCUACUCGACUACGAGUGCGAUCCGAAUACCCUCAAUUACCUCGACCCGGAGAGAACUUCACCUCGAGCGAAAAUGCACCUCAGAAUAGGAAGAAAGAUGUCGCCGCUAUCGUGCGACCUGUUAUGCCACCGCCUCCCGUACAAUCGCGACCAGGAAUUGUCGAUAGCCAAACGAACCCUCCCUCUACCUUACCAACGUCUACCUUGCCAACGUCUAGCCCAGGAUUAAAACAACAUCAGCCAGUUUGGCCGACCCAAUCUCCUGCACGACCGACGAGAUCCGAACCUCCCUCUCCGUUAUCAAAUGACCUAAUUAAACCUAGGUUUCCCUCCGGUGAACAUGUAGAGAACUUGGCCCAGAACAACAGGCCUGAUGGAAGCCCCAAGAUUCCCGCAGGUCCCGCCGUGACCUGUGUGAAUAUUCGUCAACCACAACAACAGGUGGCUCAGCAUUUCGUGAAUGACCAACGACAACGACAGCAACAACCGCCCCUGCAGCAGCACCUGCAGCAGCAAUACCAGCAGAAACCACACCAUGCAGCGCAAUACACAGGCACGCAGCCAGGAGAGACUCACAUUGGGGAGCCGAUGGAUGUUGAUUCCACAGCUGUGAAGCCUGAAGAGGAAGUAUCCCUGGUUCCGACGACUCCUCAGAUAGAAGGCAUUGGUAGGGUUGAUGGUAUACCUGCUCCAAGCUCAGCGGCGCCCGUUUUCUCCCAUACAACGCAGAACACGAACCCAACUCAUGAGAGUUUGCUGCUUGCAAGUAAUACGGAGACUAAGCUGGUGGGAAUGAAAGACGUGGCGUCGAUGAAACAAAAUCCAUUGAGCUUUACGCCGCCAUCUGAGCCUAGCGUAGCUCAAACAUCUGAAAGCAUCUCGAAACUAUUUAGAGACCAAACCCCCCAACCGCCGCCAGCGCCCAUUAUCACAGCAACACAGACACCAGUUAAUGCCAGUCCGAAUGUUCACCCAGUACAACCACAACCGCUGAACAAUGCGUUAUCUAUUCCGCAACCUGAAAAACAUGUAGUCGCAAGUAUUGAGGAGACUGCGAAUAGUAUUCAUAGCGUUUCGCAGUCGCCUGCACAACAGUCUCCUUCGAAUGAUUCCCGUGAAUUCCCAAUUCCGGAUUCGAGAAACGACAAACCGCCGACCGAAACGAGAAGCACGAACACGACAUCAGUAUCAGCGGUAACUUCAACGGUAACUCCAACGGCAACUCCAAUGGCAACUUCAAUGGCACCUGCGAGUAUGGAUAAUUAUACUAGGGGUGCUAUCGACGGUCCAAGCAACAACGAAGUUAUGGGGAAGGAAAGUUCUGUGGCUCCUGUCAACUCAGCUCCGAUUACACCGCAAGUUGACGCCGAGGAAACUCAAGAUUCCCCCCAGCCACCGCAAUCUCACAAACCGGUUCGCGAGCGAAGUAGCAGUCCUACGGGGGUUGCUCGACAAAAGCCGGUUGCUGAGAUCCUUACCGAGCCGCCGAGGUUUUUGAGAGAUUCGACAUCUAAUGACAACGCAUUGGUAACGCCGACAUCCCAAUCAUCCAGACAGCCUUCGCAAAGCGUUAUGGGAAGGUCUAAGUUAGCAGAGAAGAGUAAACGACCAACAGUGGUGUUUGGCAAACAACCUAAACCCACGGGAGACUCGGAUAAAUCUUUGGUUCAGAAUCGGUCCAAGAUUGGACAAAUGGCUAGUGAUGACUAUUUCACUCCUCUUUUUGUUCAGGCUUUCGCCUCGAACUCGAAAUGGAUGAGACCUUUGGAUCAGAUUUUACAUCAGGCUCAUAAAACAUUGUCAACUCCCGAUUCUUACACUCAGAUACUUGAUAAUCAGGCUUGCAAGGUUCUUAAAAGGGUAUAUCACUUGCAGCAUCAUAACAAGUGGUCUUUGCGUCAGCCGAAGCGUUGUCCUGAGCCUACGCGUCAGGCAUGCCACUGGGAUGUUCUACUUAACGAGAUGAAAUGGAUGAGAACAGAUUUUCGCGAAGAGCGGAAGUGGAAGAUGGCAGCAGCCAGGAACCUCGCCUAUGCUUGUGCCGAAUGGGUGUCAGCUCCUAUGGAGGAUCGGAAGGCUUUGCAAGUUAACGCUGUCAUCCCUCCUAAAGUGUCGGCCGAUGCUGGAGAAGUUGCUAUGGGCGAUGCUCACGAUCCCCAGAGUUCGGAUAGUCAACUAACGCCAGACCUUAUCCCAUCCGCGGAUAUGUUUUCUCCGAUGGAACCAGACGAUGAGCCUAACGAAGGGAUCCUCGACACGAUAGCUCCGUCUGCCAUAUUUGCCUUGGAGAAUGACGAUGUGGUGUUUGCAUUGCAUCUAUCUCCUGCUGCGGAUCGACUGCUGGAAGAGCUGCCUAUGUACGGGUCACCGCUCAAAGUCCCAAAAUCUGAUCUUACCGCGCCGGAGUACGAUCCUGAUGCUUCUUGGAGGCGACCUGCUUUGCCACUUAGCAGGUUCGUGGAAGGUCGAAUGGAACUCACACCAAUCGAGCCGCCCAAAAAACGUAGCCGAUAUAAGUAUGCUCAAGAGGAUGACGAAGACGACGGAAUCAUUUUCGGCCAGCAGGGCGACAGCAAACCCCGUUUAGAACCAGAAAACCCUAAUGUAGCACUAUUCCGACCCGAGAACAAAAGUUUUAGGGACAGGCUACAUGCUGGGCAUCAAUUCCGCCCACCAAACGAGCAUACUAUGCCAUUCCAGUCGUUUUAUGAAUGUCGGAGUCCUUCUCAAUGGAUCCAGUCUGAGGAUGAUGAACUGAAGAGUCUCGUACGCGAGUAUUCGUAUAAUUGGUCUCUAAUAUCCAGUAUGCUGUCCUCCAAGUCCUUAUUCAGCUCCGGGGCUGAGAGGCGGACGCCAUGGGAAUGCUUCGAGCGCUGGGUUAUGCUCGAAGGGCUUCCCCAUGAUAUGCAGAAGACACAGUAUUUCAAGUUAUGGCAGGGCAGAAUUGAAUCGUCACAACAAGUCAUCCGACAACACCAGAACGCGAUGCAGCAGCAGCAGCAACAGCAACAGCAGCAACAGCAAACGCAGCAAGCUAAUGCCAACGGGCCCGUUACACCGAUGCCUAAGCGGCGGUAUAACGUCCCAUUAAAGGUAGAAAGACGGCGUAACCAAAAGCACUUGACGAUGAUAGAUGCGAUGAGGAAACUUGCAAAGAAGCGUGAGACAGCCAUACAAAAGCAGCAGCACGCUGCCUCUCUUGCAGCUUCGAGAAAGCCAACCGAAACUCCUCAGCAAAGGGCCCCAACGAAGACCCCCAGAGAAUACAGUAUCAUGCGGUUCGAACGAGACCAGGCAAUGGCCGAGAGACUGGCGGAGAGGAUGGCCCAACAGCAACGUCAUGAGGCCCAGCGUAGAGCUGCCCUUCAGAGAGCACAGCAAGGACAGGCUGCACAAAUGGCAGCCGCCCAGAAUCAACUCCCUCAGACUAAUCCUCAGAUGGCAGCCUCUCAUCCCCAUGCGGCUAUGGCUCGUGUCGGUGCUCCUAACCAGAUUCCGAUGAACGGUCAAGCUCGUCCGCGAAUGCCAAUGCAUGCCACUCCAAAUGGCACUGGAACAGCCAAUCACAUGAGCGGCGGUCUUGUCCCUCCUAUGCAGAUGACCGGUGCCUCUCAGGUACAGAUACCCACAGUGAAUGGCCAGCCGCGGAUGGCGAUGCCCACUGCACAGCCAGACAUUCAGCUCUUGAUGCAAGCCCACCAGAUCUCCGAGCAGCAACGCCGAUCAGUGCAGAUGCGACAGCAGCAGCAGCAGCAGCAGCAGCAACCGCAUCAACCGCAAUCCCAAACUCCACAAGGGAACAUGCCUUUGCAAAGUUCGCCACCUGCUAUGCGAGCUGCUGCGAUGAGUGGGCUAAAUCAGAAGAGCUACCUCAACAAUGCCUCAGCACAAGCAGUGAUAGCCCAGUUUAACGCAACAAAUGGGCCAGGAAUGUCGACCCCUCCCACGGCGGGUCUUCCCAUAACAUCACAAGCAGGCUCGCCGCGACCAAACGCGACGAUGGCUCAGCCAACACAUCAGACAUACGUCUCACAACUUCAGCAUAUCGAGAGCCAUAUCAGACUGCAGCAUCCUAACACUCCACAAGAUAUGGUCCGCGAGAUGGCAAGACAACUACUGAAUAACCGCCAUAAUAACCAAAACCUCGCGCAGUCUGCAAUGAACGCUGCUGCGGGAGGAACAGGACAUGCUGCUGCCGCCAAUGGGCCACACCAAUAUGCCCAGCUGCUUAGAGCUCAGCAACAGCAACAAGCUGCCGCCCAUGCCGCAGCUCAAGCCCAAGCGCAGGCCCAAGCACAAGCACAACAACAGCACGAAGGACAGCAGCAGCAUCAACGUAACUCAAGCGGAAGCGCAACGCCAACACCGUCUAUACCAAAAUAGAUCCGACAAUACACUGUGUGAUGUUUAUACCGCGCGGUAGCUAUUGUUCUAUCUCAGACUCAAGGAGUGUGGUGUUACUAUCUAACAGCGUUAACAUCAAUUUCUCUUGGGACUUGCGAGGUAAAGACACUCUGCUCUAUCCUAAGGUAUUCGGCGCCUACCGAGUCAAACUCGCCGUACCCAUCUUCUCAGACUAGCCCUGAAAGAUUUCGAGUUUGCCUAGGUUAGGUAGUGAUCAAAUCCUUGAAAGGGCAUGGGACCACAGAUUUAUAAUAAGUAGCAAGCCUCGAUGAAUUUAUGUCCGCCACCUCAUCACUACAAGGCAGAAGAACU